AUGAAGCUCAACAUUUCGUUCCCGGCCAAUGGCUCGCAAAAGCUGAUCGAGGUCGAAGAUGAGCGCAAGCUCCGUAUCUUCAUGGACCGUCGCAUGGGUCAGGAAGUUCCUGGCGACAGCGUCGGCGACGAGUUCAAAGGCUACAUCUUCCGCAUCACUGGUGGCAACGACAAGCAGGGUUUCCCAAUGAAGCAGGGUGUUAUGCACCCAACCCGUGUCCGCCUUCUUCUCGCCGACGGUCACAGCUGCUACCGCGCCCGCCGAACUGGUGAGAGAAAGAGGAAGUCAGUUCGUGGAUGCAUCGUCGCCAUGGACUUGUCGGUGCUUGCUCUCUCGAUCGUAAAGCAGGGAGAUGCGGACAUUCCGGGUCUGACGGAUACCGUCCACCCCAAGCGCUUGGGUCCCAAGCGUGCGACCAAGAUUCGUCGCUUCUUCGGUCUCAGCAAGGAAGACGAUGUUCGUAAAUUCGUCAUUCGUCGUGAGGUCCAGCCCAAGAAGGAGGGUGCGAAGCCAUACACCAAGGCUCCUCGCAUCCAGCGCCUCGUUACUCCCCAGCGUCUCCAGCACAAGCGCCACCGUCUCGCGCUCAAGCGUCGCCGAACAGAGGCCAGCAAGGACGCCGCCAACGAAUACGCCCAGAUCCUUCACAAGCGCGUCAACGACGAGAAGGCCAAGCAGGCCGAGAUCCGCAAGCGUCGUGCUUCCAGCAUGCACAAAUAGAUUAUCAUGUGUGUUCUUUGAUGAUUUCUCCAAAUGGAAGCAAGGCUGUAGAAUUGUGGUUACGAUUCCAGCUGCUUAUUUUCGGGGUUGCAUCGGGCGUUAGAGGUUGGCGUUCCAUCACGUAGCAUUGAGCCAUGAAAGCUUUUUCAACCUUUUCUUCGAUGAUGGUCCAGUCUCCAACAACGGUAUUCUUUGCUUCUUUGUCGAGGCAGGUUUUCAUACAUGAUUAAUCACACAAUGACAUCGCAACGAGUCUCCUAUGUUGCCAGGACAUAUCGUUCGCCGUUAGAGCAGUACAUAUCGACAAGACUUCUAUCUACAGAGCCUCUCGCUUCUAUGCCAUUGACGACACUUCGAGGCGGCACUCAGUAUCCUAGAUCUCUGAGAAUAAAAAUGCCGGAGGC